CCCAAAUGUAAGCACUGGGAGAAUAUGAACUACACCAUCAGUGCGGACCUGCUGUGAAACUCAUGUUUAGUUUGGACUGCAAAUUUGUGUCUCCUGUCCAGCAAAGAAUCGGACCUAAAUCGGGAGGAAUCCAGGCGUUCUUACUACAACAGAAUUAACCUACUUCAACCCUCAGGUUUCUCUUGGGAGCGCUUUCGGUUUCGUGGGCAGCAACACUCGGCUGCAGCUCCUGGCUCAGCGCGCCGGCUCCCGUGUUCCGGUGGCCGGUAGACCGACCCGCCCCGCCCCAGCAAGAGCGGCUCCGGUCCCACAUGACGACUUUAAGAUCGGCUCCUUUGCCAGGGGCAGAACCCCUAGUACCUGCGUGUCUGUUUGCCCCAGAGCCGGGCCGUGGGAAGGACCCCGAGGGAGGGGAGACGGGCCACGGAGUUGCCCGGGCUCUGAGCAGCAAGCUGGCCCUGGUCAGUCCUACAGGGGAAGAGUAUGACCAUCUGCUCGGCCAGCUGCGCGCCAGAAUAGACGAGGGUUCAGGGGAGACCAUCUACGUGGUGGGAGCCGGCUCAGACGGGGACGAUUACGGGCUGGACGAGAAGGACGUGGAAGCGUCAGCGGCGACGGUGCGCUCCCUGUGCGAGCAUCUGGAUGCCGACCUGAUCCUCCUGUGGGAGAGGCAGGAGAGUGCAGGCAGCGUGCGGGACUACCUGAUCCGCCGCAGGGUGGGCGAGAGCGACUUCCUGGAAGUGAGGGUGGCGGUGGUGGGCAACGUGGAUGCUGGGAAGAGCACCCUGCUGGGCGUGCUCACCCACGGCGAGCUGGACAACGGCCGAGGCUUUGCCCGCCGGAAACUGUUCCGUCACAAGCACGAGGUAGAGAGUGGGCGCACCAGCAGCGUGAGCAACAACAUCCUGGGCUUCGACCGGCACGGCCGCGUGGUCAACCGGCCUGACGGCCACGGCGGGGGCCUGGACUGGGCCGAGAUCUGCGAGAGGUCCUCCAAGGUGGUGACCUUCAUCGACCUGGCCGGCCACGAGAAGUACCUGAAGACCACGGUGUUCGGCAUGACCGGCCACCUGCCCGACUUCUGUAUGUUGAUGGUAGGCAGCAAUGCAGGUAUCGUGGGUAUGACCAAAGAGCACCUGGGUCUGGCCCUGGCCCUCAGUGUGCCUGUGUUUGCAGUGGUCACCAAAAUAGACAUGUGUCCUGCCAACAUCUUACAAGAGACUCUUAGACUGUUACAAAGGUUACUGAAGUCUCCGGGUUGCAGAAAAAUUCCAGUUCUGGUUCACAACAAAGAUGAUGUCAUUGUCACAGCCCUAAACUUCAGCUCAGAAAGAAUGUGUCCAAUCUUCCAGAUCUCCAACGUGACUGGGGAGAACAUAGACCUCCUGAAGAUGUUUCUGAACCUGCUUUCCUCACGAACCACAUUCAGAGAUGACGAACCAGCAGAGUUUCAGAUAGAUGACACUUACUCAGUACCGGGCGUAGGCACAGUCGUGUCGGGGACUACUUUGCGCGGAUGGAUACAUCUGAACGACACGCUGCUGCUCGGCCCCGACCCCGUGGGGGCGUUCAUCCCCAUCUCGGUCAAAUCCAUCCACCGCAAUCGCAUGCCCGUGAAGGAGGUGCACGGCGGCCAAACGGCUUCCUUUGCCCUGAAGAAGAUCAAGCGCUCGUCCAUCAGGAAGGGCAUGGUCAUGGUCUCGCCCCACCUCAGCCCACAGGCAUCAUGGGAGUUUGAGGCCGAGAUCCUUGUCCUGCACCAUCCGACUACAAUAUCACCUAGAUACCAGGCCAUGGUCCACUGCGGGAGUAUAAGACAGACUGCUACCAUUCUGUCCAUGAAUAAGGAUUGCGUACGCACAGGGGACAAAGCAACGGUCCACUUCCGGUUUAUAAAGGCCCCCGAGUAUCUGCACAUCAACCAGAGGCUCGUCUUCAGAGAGGGACACACCAAAGCCGUCGGGUGCAUCACCAAGCUGCUCCAAACGAAGCCCCAGACAAAAUCGCAGUGUGCAAAGAAAGCCACGUCGCAGGCCAAAGCAGCCAAUGAGGAGGCAGCAUCUCCAGGAAGUGGCCUACCGCCGGCACAGCAGCCCAGGUCCGCGGCGAACGGUCGACGGUGAGGUGGUCAGCAGCACAAGGGCAGGCCGGUCCUGGCCGGCCCCCGGCGCCCUCUGCAGCAGGGGUGGCGAGCGGCUGAAACCCCACCCCUCUUCUGCCCAACCUGCCAUCCGUCGCUCCUUUGUUCUUUUCUCCUCACUCCUUCUUUUUCCGUCUUCCCACUCCCUCCUGCCCUGCUUUUCCUCGCCCUCUUUUUUUUUUUUUCUUUUUUUUUUUUUUUUUUUUGCCAUCUCUGUCUGCGUUAUUCUGCAGUGGCAGUAGAGGGCGCCAGUAGCCCACUCUCUCCUCUUGCCUGACCCUGCCUUUUAUAUCUGGUCACCCUGAGCGAGAGUGUCCUCCUCCCUCGGUUCAGCACCCGUAACUCAGUCAGGGAGCGUUUCGGAUUUUCCUAGCGUUCCUGGACGGAUAAGCUGAUCCUUUGCAGCAGUUCGUCCUGGUUUUGCGGUCAGCUGUGUAGCUGCCUUCGUCGUCUGCCCCGGAGACGUCGAGCUGAUCCGUUUUCAUCGUCGUGGUGGUGUUUUUCCUCCCUGUCUCUCUGCCAGUCACUGGGGCUUUUUCUACAUCAUCAGCUUCCGGCAAUGGCAGCUUUUUUUCCUUUCGUCCUCUUUUUUUUGUGCAUCCCAAAGGACCCAAUUAAGACCCUCUCAUCCAUACGCUUGUUUGAGGAUCUGCAUUUUACCUAAACCCCCCCCCUUAGCGUUUGUUAGCAUUUGCCGAUAGUCGGGUUGAUUCCUUCAGUCUUCCACGGGUUAACGAGAACCGCUCCCGCUGACCGGUGCGAGAUCAGAAGCGAGCGCAGGGCGCACUUCUUCUCGUCCGUCGCGGUUCUGUCUGGCUCCUUGUUCAUGAUACCCCCCCCUCCCCCCCCCCCCGAGUGCAAAGUGGAAUGCUGCUUCUUUGUUCCUUUAUUUAGUCUCCACUUGUAUCUUCAGUGGAGCUAAAAAAGACAAAGACAAUAAAAAUAAAUAAAUAAAAACUAUCCGAAGCAUUAGUCCAUACGCAGAGAACAAGAUCUAUCAAGCCUAGUCCAGCUGGGCCAAACUGCAGUCCUGGAGGAACACUGCAUCAAACAGCGUAGCGCUUUUCCAGAUUGACAUGUUGGCUAAUUAGCAAGCCCUUGCGAGCUCUAUCGGGUGUGCUAGAGUAGGCAGGCAUGCCCUACAGUGCCAAGGCCCCAUGGCGUUUUGACAGGAAAGUGACAACCAUACUGGACUAAGAAAGAUUUCUCUGGAAGGGUGACUUCAAGCAUGAACCUUCAUCUGUGAAGUCAAAAGCUUCCAGCUGUUUCCAGAUAACGCGUUGAGAAGCUGGGCCUGCUUUGGCGCUUGGUCCAACGACGGGCGACUGAUAUCCAAACGCUGCUCAGUGAAGACGGCCCUCACCGCUGCCACGGUGUGAUGUGCAGUACCAAUUACCCAGCAGCAUCAGCUAACGAACCAUAGAACUUUAAUGUGCAGAACAUGCAUAUUCACAGGAUCUUUCUGUCAGAUUUUAGAGAUGCAGGAUUGAAAUGAAAGGGUGACAUGAAUGUAACUCCCUGUUUUUCACAGCUGUCACUGAAUCAUUUCAUGAUGAUAUUUCUUCUUUGAAGUUUGCCCGCUGCCUUGCCCCAGGGCAAUAAUCCCCGAUUGACCUCAUUAACUUUUUUGUUUUGAGCUCUAGUACCCUUAUAAGGCAGGUGGGUCAAGAUUUAUUUCAGGGUUAACCAGAUGAAUAAAUUAGCCAGAUAUAUGGAGUAUGGCUCCAAACUAGCUAUGCUUAUUUCAAGAGUUAUCCAGUUAAGUAAAUUAGCAUUAAAGAAGGACUCUGACUCUGAUCAUCUCUGUGCUUUUUUGUCUUAGAUGAUUCCCUUAUAAACGAUUGCUAUUAGUUUGACUUCUAGCCAUAGAUUUGAGUUCUGGACUGGAACACAUCCACAGUGAGGUGUUGUUAUUUCUUUUCGAUUGGGUUUGAAAGUCCAGACGACGUGAGUUUACCUGGUUUCAGUCAACACUGAUUUGUAUGUUUUAACAUCUGUAAAGUUGGACUUUGUUCUUGAUCUGUGCGAGUUCGGUCAAGCACUGGAAGCCAUGGGAGCUGGACCGUGGGCCAUUCUUAAUGGCUCGUUAAAGGCAGUGAUCACAAGGGGCAGGCUUUUUUACACUUCAUCUUUUGCCCCAAUUUUAAUAUCAGUUGGAAGCUGAAAGCAUAGAUUUUUUUUAUUUUUUUUCCCUGUUCAUCUGGAAAGUGAUGGGCCAUUGAUUUGGGUUUUCUGGUUUGGUUUGUGAUGCAUGGUUUCAUACUUUCAUUGUUUUGUUUUGUUUUUUUUUGUUGUUGUUUUGUUUUGCACACCAAACCUUCAAACAUGUACAUGAUGUACAAAAGAAGAGAGUUUUGAUCUUAAAUCUUUUAAAUAAAAAUGUUACAUGAUGUGA